AUGAAAUGGACGCCGGCCCAUGGAAUCGGUGCGGAGUGCGAGACACCCGAACCUGACGUGCAACCGGGGAAAUGCAUCAACAUUAAAGAUUGUGAGAAACUCCGCUCUCUCCUUCACGGACCCAAUCAAAACAUCGAUUAUGUGAGGCGGUCCAUCUGCUUCAUACCGGUCAAUGGAGGGGAUCCCGAUGUUUGCUGCCCAGAGGCAAAACGCUCUGAACCCUUCAAGGCGGUCGUAACUUUGAAUAAAAAGAAACUGUUCCCGAACCCUCUCCAGUACGAAUGCGGCUUUGGGGUCAAUAACAGGAUAGCGAACGGGGAAGAUGCUCCACUUGGAGCGUGGCCCUGGAUGGCUCUGCUCUUCUAUGAAUUUCCUGGGGAAGAAAUGAAGCCACGUUGUGGAGGAGCUGUGAUCAACGAACGAUACGUAAUCACGGCUGCCCAUUGCGUCAGUCCUAUCAUCAUCGGCGACAACAAACUCGCAUACGUGAGACUGGGAGAGCACACGCUAUCGACGAACCCAGAUUGUAGGGGGGCGACGAAUGAGGAUUGCCUACCGUUGUACAUCAAUGUAAACGUGGAACAGACCAUAAUUCAUCCCAACUUCAAAUUGAACGGUAGAAAUGCGAUCAGCUCUGAUAUCGCCCUCCUCCGGCUCGCCAAGGUCGUCGAUUUCCAAAAUCCAGUGACGCUGAACAACGGGACUGAUGUCCUACAACAGCUGCAGGUCCCAAUCGUGCCACUAGCAGCAUGUUCAGUCAUUCCAUUUUUCAAGUCGGUGACAUUCACCAACGAAUACAUCUGUGCGGGAGGCGAGCCUAACAAGGACGCUUGCAUGGGAGACAGUGGGGGGCCGUUGAUGAUCCUGAGACCUGGGAUUGCUCAAUAUUUUCUCAUCGGUGUUGUCUCAUUUGGUACUCCAUAUUGUGGGCUAAUUGAUGCUCCUAGUGUCUACACUCGCAUCACCCAAUAUCUUGACUGGAUCCUCGAUCACGUCAAGGAAUGA